GCCAUAUUUUUGGAAACUUACAUAUUUGGCCGCAGUAUCAGUCGUACAAUCCGAACGUGCCUUCCUUCAGCAACCUCAUCAAGAAGGCAUUUCCAGCAGUUAUAUACAGUCAUAAGGAAGUAUCAGAUCAAGGUUAUAUCUGUUUGCCAAAAAAAGAAGUAUGGAUCUACUCGAAGUGUUGUCCGUAGACUUGGAACAAUUCUUUCCUUAGAGCCCUACCCAAGACCUUAUUUUCAACUUGUUCAAGACCCAAGUCCGUUGGGUUAUGAUGAACAAAGCACAGCUCCAACUCCUGUAGCUCCAUCACUUGCUGAUGUCCUGUGGGUGGCAAAUGAUGAGGCACAAGCAUUUACUAGGCUUAGGACUGAAUUAUGGAGAAAAGAAAGAAGUACAGCUUAUUGUGACCUACACCCAUCUCUAGAUUCAAUACAAAGCGUUCCAAAAAACAGCACACAGAAAGAUAGUCUUGUUGAUCAAGCAGCACUGCAGAAAAUUUCUGCCCUUGAAGACGAGCUGACCUUUCUUCGUGCUCAGAUUGCUGCAAUCGUUUCGGCGCAGACCUCGGGAAGCGUUCUGCCACAAGCCUUUAAAUCAGUCAGCACUCCAGAUGGAUUUGACCCAGGGCCAGCCAUGACUUCUACGCCGUUGUCCAUCUCUCACAAUCACUUUGUAAUUCCCUCGCCUCCUCCACUUCCUCCUGGGGUACCCUCUGGGGUUGGUGGUAGCAAUUCGGCCAUUGAACUUAUAAAACAACGUCGUGCUGCAAGAGACAGUGGUUCAACUGCAGCUGAUAGCGCUGAUCACCAGAGGACAAAGAACAUUCCUAGUAUGAUGGAUGUUUUGAAAGACCUAAACAAAGUACAGUUACGAGCUGUUGAGAGGUCACCUGGAGGUACUCCUCUUUCUAGACCCAAAAAGAGGCGAAGUUCAGAUUGGGAUCCAGUUGCUGUACUAACUCAGGCACUAAAACAGAAGUUUGCACAUAAAAAUUUUGAAGAUGAUUCCUUGGACAAAGAAAAUCAAUCUUUUGAUAGCUCCCCAUUUUCUAGUCCAGAGAUCCCACUGGUUGGUCCUUGCAGUCGGAAGCCAAAUGCAAAAUCUGACCUUAUAAGAACUGAUGAAGUUAAACAGGUAUCAACAUGGAAAGUAAGAGCUCAUAUUUAA